GAUUAAGUUGCUUAAGAGUUAACUUAUAUUUUCUUUUCUUUUCAUUUUUGAAAAUGGUACAUGUCAGGGGUGGAGCUAUCCUGUUUCUGGGAACAAAGCGCCACCAUGAUGAGUGGUUGAGGGAUACUGAAAAUUAUGCAGUGAAAGAUGUUUCUCUUGAUGGCAAGUAUCUGACUGCAAUUAAGGAUCCUGACAGGAGAUUCGGGAGCAUUCAUGGCGCCUUUGACAACAGGGCGUGUAACCAUACCAUCCAUUGUAACUUACUCAGCAAAACAAUUGCCAUAAGAUACUCAUUGACAAGGAGAGCAUUUUCAGUCACACCAAAUGGACCUGAAGCUUUAUUGCUUGAUUACCCCAGCCAUCAAAGACGACUACUCCCUCUUCUUGCAAAGAUAUAUGCCAUGAGCUUUGCUACUAACUUCUUGAAAAGGAUGUAUGUGAAGAGGAAACCUGAAACGAUCAAAACCUUACAUGUUGUUUCAAGUGCCUUUAAGGCUACCUUAAGCUGGCAUAAUAUGCGAACACUUCAGGUAGUAGCAGACAUCACAGUUGUGAUCAAAAUGUCUUUUCUACCCUUAGCUUGUGCAAUCACUACGGAGUGGUGGUUGGCACCUGAUGAGGCUAGUAGGGCUCGCAAGUUUAUCCGAGGGUUGCACUAUGAUGCUAAGAAGUCUUUCUCUGCGGCGAGAUUUGCUACUUUGACUGAAGCCUACGAUGCAGCUGCUGGUUACUCUAAGCUUCAACAGUUGCACCGAGAUUCCAUGCAGGGAUUGAAGAAAAAGAAUGAGAGUGUGGAUUCACAGUCGAACAAGGGGCACAGGUUCAAUCCGACGAGUAGGUUUGAUAACCGAGGCGGGGAAAGGAGGAAUAUGACGAUGAGAUAG